AUGUGUUGUGUUGAGAAAGAUUUUAAUAACUCCUUCACUCACACGGUCUAUAGGAAACCAUCACUCAUAAACAGAUACCUCAACGCAAACUCCCGCCAUCAUCCAGCACAAACCAACUCCGUCUUGAAUUCUCUCGUCCAUAGAUCUAUCAACCUCACAGACUACCACAACAAACCACAAGAGCUAGCCCAACUCAAAUCAGCUCUCCGUCAAGAUGGAUUCACAGACCAUCAAAUUGACAGAUCCAUCCGUCGUCAACAAACUUCUUCGUCCAGUCCCAAAGAUCCAAAAGGCAAUAACGUUCUCCAGAAAGCUUUCCUUCCCUACAUCAAAUGUGUUACUGACGAAAUUGGCCGAAUUCUCCAAAAACAGGACAUAAAAACGAUAUUAACAGCCAACAAUCAAAUUUACACAUUCCUCCGUUCUCCCAAGGACAAAGUUGUCAAUUAA